UUUUGGUAGAAGGUCUCUGGUCACAGGCUAAUACCAUCAAAAUGUCUAGUGUGAUUCGGAGGUCAGCAUGGCAAAAUAAGGUUCUAUUACACUGCUAGAUACCAUAUGUUUUGUGACAUCAGCGCCCUCUGGUGGUGAACAUAUAUGUGGUCGUGUCUGUAUUUUUGAACCGGAAGCAGUGCUCGAAUGUCGUCAUGGGAAGCAAAGUGAGUAGCAAGAUGGCAGCUGCCAGUCGGGUCGUGCAGGUUGUGCGACCGCAUGCACCUUUAAUUAAAUUCCCUGAUCGAAAAGGUUUCCCCAGUCCAAAUGUACAAGAGGCACUAAAUCUGCUUGCAGCAAGUAUCCCAGAAAUCUUUGCAUCUGCACCUCCACCCUCAACAUCUAUAUCACCUCCACCCAGACCACCAGGACCUGUCACUGGACUCCCUGGCACCCCUGAUAGCAUUGCUGUAGUUAGAGAUCUCCCUCAGAGAUACCGCAGAAGAACCCUUGCAUUAGAAGAAAUGGACUUCAUCCAGCGUGGUGGACCUGAGUAACCGUGGUCUGAUUCAUUCAGUCAGAGUACUUAUUUGUGGAAAUCUGUUUUUGUUGCCUGAUAUUUUCUUUGUACAAGAGUAAUUCUCAAUAUGUCAUACAAUACAACAAAUGUACUUACAGAUUAUUAUUUAACAGUUGUACAGCAUCUGAUCGGUUGUUGCACUUAUUCAGGUGCUCUAUAUUUACAGGACAUAAGUUAAGUUUUACAAAUUAAAAGUAUAUAGCCUUUUUUGUAGUUCUCAAAUAACUAAUUUCCUGUUCUCAAGUUGUUCUCCAGCUGCUCUUUACUGUUAUUAGCCACCAUUUCUAACCAUCAUUAACAAAGCUGAUGGUAAAUUUCCUCUUUCUUUCAUAUUAUCUGUUCUGGCUUCAGAGCAAAUCAUUGAACUGAGUGCCAUCAUAUAAUACCAGGUCUGUGUUAAACAAAUGUAUCACUACAAGUAUUGUUGAUAUGAACUAUUAAAUAUUUACUCAUUU